GGAAGGAUACUUGUCUUUAUAGUUGAAGAAGGGAGAUUGCAGCUUAUCACAGAGAAGGAAACCAAGGGAGCUGUUUAUUCUCUCAAUGCCUUCAAUGGAAAACUUCUUGCUGCUAUUAAUCAAAAAAUUCAGUUGUACAAGUGGAUGCUGCGGGAUGAUGGCACUCGCGAGCUGCAGUCUGAAUGUGGACAUCACGGUCACAUACUAGCUCUCUACGUACAGACCCGUGGAGACUUCAUCGUCGUUGGUGACCUCAUGAAAUCAAUCUCUUUAUUAAUUUACAAGCACGAGGAAGGUGCAAUCGAGGAAAGAGCUCGUGAUUAUAAUGCAAACUGGAUGUCGGCAGUUGAGAUACUCGAUGAUGAUAUCUACCUUGGUGCUGAUAAUUGCUUCAACCUAUUCACAGUAAAGAAGAACAAUGAAGGUGCGACGGAUGAAGAAAGGGCUCGUAUGGAGGUGGUAGGCGAGUAUCACAUUGGGGAAUUUGUGAACCGAUUCCGCCAUGGGUCGCUUGUAAUGAGGCUGCCUGAUUCAGAGAUUGGUCAGAUACAGACUGUCAUAUUUGGCACAGUGAGUGGGAUGAUAGGAGUGCUAGCUUCUCUGCCUCAAGAACAGUAUGCGUUUCUAGAGAAACUGCAGACGAGUCUGAGGAAAGUGAUAAAAGGAGUUGGUGGUCUAAGCCACGAGCAGUGGAGAUCAUUCAACAACGAGAAAAGAACAGCGGAAGCGAAGAGUUACUUGGAUGGAGAUCUCAUUGAAUCCUUCUUGGAUCUGAGCAGGGGUAAGAUGGAGGAGGUCUCUAAAGGUAUGGAUGUUCAAGUGGAAGAGUUGUGCAAGAGAGUUGAGGAACUCACUAGGCUUCACUGAGCAAACCCCAUAUCUUUCUCCCUCCCUUUCUCUCUUCGGUUUAUUUUCUCGACAAUCUCGAGUGGUUUCAUUUUUGUUUUGGUGCUUCAAACGAUGAUUAAACAUAAAUUGCUUUUUUUUUUUGCGUUUUUGAUAAAAAGAAUUGUAUAAUCAUUGCAGUGUUGUGGAUUAUUAUUAUCAUAUUAAUAAGAGUUCCAUUGUGUUGGAAAUU